GCUUUCUGAAGGCAUCCAACUAUAGGAAACCCGGCUUAAGUACAGCCCAGCGGAAGAAAAGUGGCUUGAAACCUGAACUAACAGAAGAGCAAAAGCAGGAGAUCAGGGAAGCAUUUGAUUUGUUUGAUACUGAUGGAUCUGGAAGCAUCGAUGUAAAAGAACUGAAGGUUGCGAUGCGUGCUUUAGGCUUUGAGCCCAAGAAGGAAGAAAUUAAGAAAAUGAUAGCAGAUAUUGACAAAGAAGGAAGUGGCACCAUUGACUUUGAAGACUUUUUGGCUAUGAUGACGCAAAAAAUGAGUGAAAAGGAUUCCAAAGAAGAAAUCUUGAAAGCUUUCAGAUUAUUUGAUGAUGAUGGGACAGGAAAAAUUUCAUUCAAAAACUUGAAGAGGGUUGCCAAGGAGCUGGGAGAAAAUUUAACAGAUGAAGAGCUUCAGGAAAUGAUUGAUGAAGCUGAUCGAGAUGGAGACGGAGAAGUCAGUGAGCAAGAGUUUUUGAGAAUCAUGAAGAAAACCAGCUUAUAUUAAUAUCUGUUGCCUUGCUAUACAGCUGCUCCAAAAGAUAACCUGGAAAAGACUUAAAAACUGGGCUUGUGUCUCCUGCAUAUUUUCUGCCAUAUAAAGAAUGUCUGAAGGGACAAAUUUUUGGUUCAUUCUUCUUUUUCAGCAAAGAUUACUGGGGAAGGGGGGCUUCAGUACCCAGAACUGUUAAAAUGAGACGUUGCAGAAGUGAAAAGGAAGGAUGAAGGGAACCUGCAAGGCAGGGUCCCUCCCCCU